GGCUGGUUUUCGGAGAAUUUCUGGAAGUACAAUAUUCUUGCGCCCGUGCUAGAUUCCGAUCGCCUGGAAGCAACCGUAGCCAGAUAUGACGCUCAAUCUCCUCAGUAUUUUACGUGGGUCGAGCGGGACCUUGGCCAGUGCGCGUUAGCGCUUCUCAAGCACUACAAAGAUCCUGAAUCAGAGGUUCUCUCCCGCACGUUCUAUGCCGUCAGUGCAAAGUUGAAGUACACUCAAUUUGCAUCGAUCCUCCAGCAGGCGCUGGGGAAACCGGUGUCUUUUGUGUCCUCGCAGACCACGGGAAUGCAGGAAAUGGACGACAUGUAUGCUUUCCAGUCCGAGUUUGGACUAUACCCGGAUACCGCUAUCCCUGAUCCACGAUUAAUCAAUUUAGGAGUAAAGUUCAAUACUAUGGAGGGAUUUGUUCAGGAAAUUAAAGGCAGAUAU